AUGGGCAGUGACCCGCGGAUUCUGGCAGGAGGCCAGCGCGGAACGGGUGUAAGGCGUCGCGACGGUGUGGACGGGGUAGAUUCGUCCGAUUCGGCAAGCGAGGCUGACGGCGCGGAAGAAGCAGACGGCGCGGAAGAAGCAGACGGCGCGGAAGAAGCAGACUGCGCGGAAGAAGCAGACGGCGCGGAAGAAGCAGACGGCGCGGAAGAAGCGGACGGCGCGGAAGGAGCAGACGGCGCGGAAGAAGCAGACGGCGCGGAAGAAGCAGACGGCGCGGAAGAAGCAGACGGCGCGGAAGAAGCGGACGGCGCGGAAGGAGCAGACGGCGCGGGAGAAGCAGACGGCGCGGAAGAAGCAGACGGCGCCAUCCCGAUGGCGCGGGAUGGUGAGAGGGAGGAAGUGGCGGAAGAAGGGCGCGACGGAGAGAGCAAGGAUGCGGGAGGAAAUUGCUCGCCGGUAAGGAUGCGCGGAGGCGGCGCGAAGCGUCACGGGAACAUGACGACAGGGCGUUCGCCGGAAGACAUGCGCAGGGGAAGCGUGAGGCGCUGCGGGAGCACGGAUGCAAACGGAUUGGCAGACGAAGGGUGUGAAGAGGGCGCGAGGCACCGCGGGGGCGCGAAUGCAGACGGGUUGGCAGACGAAGGGCGCGGGGGCGCGGAUGCAGAUGGUACGGUGGACGAAAUAGGUGGAAACAGCGUGAGGCACUGCGGAGGCAAGGAUGCAGGUCGCUCGGCAGACGAAAUGCGAGGUGGCAGCGCAAGGCGCCGCGGGAGAGCGGAUGCAGACAGCUCGCCAGAACGGAUGCGCGGGAGUGGCGGGAGGCGCCAAGGGAACAUGGCGGCAGAUCGUUCGCCAGAGGAGGUGCUCGAGGGAGAUGCGAGGCGCCGCGGAACCGCAGCGGCAAGUCGCUCGCCGGACGAUCUUCGGGAGGACAGCAGGAAAAACCAUGCGCCAACGGGACGGUACAGCUCGCCUGAGCUGCGAGGACGUGGGAGGAGACGCGUGGCGAUGGCCGCGCGGCGAUCGCCAGAGAGGAAGAACGGGGCAGACGAGCAGGUCCGGACGGGGAGCGAGGGGAUGGUGAGGAAAGAGAUGGGUGGUGCUCACCAGAGAGAGGAGGGGGGCGUGAGGAGGGACGCAUCAGGGAGGGUGCACGACGAUCGCUGGGCGCAACAAGGGCAGAAGAAAGGGGGAGAGGGAACCGACGGCGGCGGGAAGAUGUGGAGCGAGAAAGGCGGUAUCAGGAGCACUCGCAUGAUGGGAAGGAAAGGCGGUGGGACGGAGCAGAGAAGCGGAGAGCGGCUUACGAGAGAGAGCGAGGAAGGAGUCCGAGUACAAGGGGCCCAAGGGGGCGAUGGCAAUCAGGAGGAGGAUCCGAAGGAGCCAGAGCGGCCAGAGAGGGGACAGAACGGGCGCUUAACACCAGCAGCAGCGGGAGCAGAGGAGCAGGACGAGCAGGCGGGGGCAGGAGCGUGCGUACCAGCAGCAGCGGGAGCGGAGGAGCGGGAUGAGCAGGUGGGGUCAGAAGCGUACGUACCAGCAGCAGCGGGAGCGGAGGAGCGGGAUGAGCAGGUGGGGGCAGAAGCGUGCGUACCAGCAGCAGCAGGAGCGAAGGAGCGGGAUGAGCAGGUGGGGGCAGAAGAGUGCGUCCCAGCAGCAGCAGGAGCGAAGGAGCGGGAUGAGCAGGUGGGGGCAGAAGCGUGCGUGCCAGCAGCAGCGGGAGCGGAGGAGCGGGACGAGCAGGUGGGGGCAGAAGCGUGUGCAUUAGCAGCGGCGGAAGCGGGAGGGAAGAACGAGAAGGUGGGGGCAUGGUCGGGUGUACCAGUGGCAGCAGAAGCGGAAGGGAGGGAAGGGAAGGUGGGGGCACAGGCGGGCAUGACAGCAGUAGCGGAAGCGGAAAGCGGGGCAGUGAAGGUGGGGGCACAGGCGUGCAUGACAUCAGUAGCGGAAGUGGAAAGCGGGGCAGUGAAGGUGGGGGCACAGGCGGGCAUGACAGCAGUAGAGGAAGUGGAAAGCGGGGUAGUGAAGGUGGGGGCACAGGCGGGCAUGACAGCAGUAGCAGAAGCGGAAAGCGGGGCAGUGAAGGUGGGGGCACAGGCGUGCAUGACAGCAGUAGCGGAAGCGGAAAGCGGGGCAGUGAAGGUGGGGGCACAGGCGUGCAAACCAGAAGUAGCAGAAGCGGCAGGGAGGGAAGAGAAGGAGAGAGCACAGGCGUGCGCAGCAGCAGCAGCGGAAACGGAAGAGGAAAGGAAAGAAGAGAAGUUGGGGGGCACAGGCCAGCAGCAGAAGAGGAAGGGAAGGAGAGAAGUUGGGGCACAGGCGUGUGCAGCGGCAGCAGCAGAAGAGGAAAGGAAGGAAGAGACGUUGGGGACACAGGCGUGUGCAGCAGCAGCAGCAGAAAAGGAAGGGAAAGAAGAGAAUUUGGAGACACAGGCGUGUGGAGCAGCAGCAGAAGAAGAGGAAGGGAAGGAAGAGAAAGUAGGGGCACCUGAGUGUGUAGCAGCAGCAGCGGAGGCGGGAGUGGAGGAUGAGGAGGGAGGAUGGGCAGGUGGGGGGCGAGGUGCAGUGGGGGGUGAGGUGCAGUGGGGGGCGAGGUGCAGUGGGGGGCGAGGUGCAGUGGGGGGCGAGGUGCAGUGGGGGGCGAGGUGCAGUGGGGUGCGAGGUGCAGUGGAGGGCGAGGUGCAGUGGGGUGCGAGGUGCAGUGGGGGGCGAGGUGCAGUGGAGGGAACCAACAUUUCAGUGAAGUUGGGGAGAGCACCAAGGGAGGCAGGCAGCGACCCAGACACGUUGGUGUUGCUGAUGUCCCUGGGACAGGGCGGUUGCGGGGCGAGUGAAAGAGGGAACAGGGCAUAG